AGAGGAGGUGGUGGAGGGGUGUGCUUGUGGCUGUUCCUAGCGUGUGUGUCGCUGGGGGAUGACCUGGGCUGGGUGACCCCUGGAGUUCAUGUUGUGGUCAAGGCUCAGGCCAAUGAAAGGAGAGUCCUGGCUCACAUUCCUGGUGACAUCAUCAUAGGAGCGCUGUUCUCUGUUCACCACCAACCUCCUGCAGAUAAGGUCCAUGAGCGUAAGUGUGGAGAGGUCAGAGAGCAGUAUGGUAUCCAACGUGUGGAGGCUAUGAUGCACACUCUGGACCUGAUCAACUCUGACCCUCACCUCCUCCCCAACAUCACCCUGGGCUGUGAGAUCAGGGACUCUUGCUGGCACAGUGCAGUGGCUUUAGAACAGAGCAUAGAGUUUAUCAGAGACACACUGGUCUCCAACGAGGAGGAGGAGAGUCUGAGCCUGGGGAAAUGUCUGGGGGAAGACGGAAUAGAGGUGACCCCUGUCAGGGGGAAGAAACCCAUUGUAGGACUGAUAGGGCCAGGGUCCAGCUCUGUGGCCAUCCAGGUGCAGAACCUGCUACAGCUGUUCAACAUACCACAGAUCGCCUACUCUGCUACCAGCAUGGACCUCAGCGACAAGAGUCUGUAUAAGUACUUUAUGAGGGUGGUGCCGUCAGAUGCUCAGCAGGCCAGGGCCAUGGUGGACAUCGUCAAGAGAUACAACUGGAGCUACGUCUCCGCUAUACACACAGAGGGUAACUAUGGUGAGAGCGGGAUGGAGGCCUUUAAGGAGCUGGCCGCCAGAGAGGGGAUCUGCAUAGCUCACUCUGAUAAGAUCUACAGCAACGCAGGGGAGCACAACUUUGACAAGCUGCUGGAGAAGCUGAGAGGACACCUGCCCAAGGCCCGAGUGGUGGCGUGCUUCUGUGAGGGCAUGACUGUACGGGGCAUACUGAUGGCCAUGAGACGGAAACACCUAGUGGGGGAGUUUCUACUGGUGGGGAGUGAUGGCUGGGCUGACCGGUAUGAUGUAACAGAUGGGUACCAGAAAGAGGCAGCAGGGGGAAUCACUAUAAAGCUGAAGUCAGCCUACAUCACCUGGUUUGACGACUACUACUUGGCUCUGCAACCAGAUGACAACACCAGGAACCCCUGGUUCACUGAGUUCUGGCAACACCGGUUCCAAUGUAGACUAAAGGGACACGCACAGGAGAGCACCAAGUACAACCGCACCUGCAAUAAUAGAGAGUCUCUCCGUCAACAGUAUGCCCAGGACACUAAGAUGGGUUUCGUCAUCAAUGCAAUCUACUCCAUGGCUUAUGGACUACACACUAUGCAGCAGACCGUCUGCCCAGGAUACCAAGGUCUGUGUGAUGCCAUGCGGCCCAUCGAUGGACGUAAGCUGCUGGAGUUCCUGAUGAGGACCAACUUCACUGGAGUCUCCGGAGAAACUAUCCACUUUGACCAGAAUGGAGACUCACCGGGCAGGUAUGAGAUCAUGAACUUUAAGCGUCUGGGCGGUGAUGGUGAUGGUGAUGGUGAUGGUGUGGAGCAGUACAGUUAUAUCCAUGUGGGGAGCUGGGACCAAGGAGGACUGAGGAUGGACGAUGAGGAGAUCUGGACCAACUCCUCCACCAUUAUACAGUCUGUCUGCUCCGAACCCUGCCAGAAGGCACAGAUCAAGGUGAUCCGUAAAGGAGAGGUCAGCUGCUGUUGGACCUGUACUCCCUGUAAAGACAAUGAGUUUGUGUUUGAUGAGUACACCUGCCGCGCCUGUGACCUGGGGGCCUGGCCUACUGACGACUUGACAGGUUGUGAGCCUAUCCCGGUGCAGUAUGUGCGUUGGGGAGAUCCUGAGCCCAUCGCGGCGGUGGCGUUUGCCUGUCUGGGGCUCAUGGCUACUCUGUUUGUUACCUCCAUAUUCAUCAGGUUCUAUGACACCCCGGUAGUGAAGUCGAGCAGCAGGGAGCUGUGUUACAUCAUCCUGGCUGGGAUCUGUCUGGGCUAUCUCUGCACCUUCAGCCUAAUCGCCAAGCCCCACGCUGCACACUGUUACCUACAGAGACUGGGAAUAGGACUGUCCCCUGCCAUGAGCUACUCUGCCCUGGUCACUAAGACUAACCGUAUAGCUCGUAUCCUGGCUGGCAGUAAGAAGAAGAUCUGUACUAAGAAGCCCAGGUUCAUGUCUGCCUGCGCUCAGCUGGUCAUCGCCUCUCUACUCAUCCUACUGCAGCUGGGAAUCAUAGUAGCUCUGUUCGUUAUGGAACCACCACAGGUGAUCUAUGACUACCCCAGUAUCAGUGAGGUUCAUCUGAUCUGUAACCUGACUACACUGGGAGUAGUAACUCCUCUGGGUUAUAAUGGCCUGCUCAUCCUCAGCUGUACCUUCUACGCCUUUAAGACCCGUAAUGUUCCUGCUAACUUCAACGAGGCUAAGUACAUCGCCUUCACCAUGUACACAACCUGCAUCAUCUGGCUGGCCUUCGUCCCCAUCUACUUUGGAUCCAACUAUAAGAUCAUCACCAUGUGUUUCAGUGUUAGUCUCUCUGCUACCGUGGCCCUCUGCUGCAUGUUCGCCCCCAAGGUGUACAUCAUGCUGGCGAAGCCGGAGAAGAACGUACGGAGUGCCUUCACCACCUCUACCCAGGUCCGCAUGCAUGUAGGAGACGCCAAGACAGCCGCUAAUGCUGCCAAAUCCAAGACCAUGGCUGGACUCUUCAGAAGGAAGGGGUCUGAAGAAAACCUCAGCUCCAACGGUAAGUCAGUGUCGUGGUCUCAGAAUGAGCGUAGCGGCUACAGACCCAACCUGUGGAAGAGGAUCUCCAUCCACAUCAAGAAGAAGGAGGAGGUCAACCAGACAGCCAUCAUUAAGCCCUUCUCUAAGGGGGCCGGCGCCCCCGACCUCGCCCCCGCCACGCCCCAACUUGGGGCCAGGGGGGUCUAUGAUGAACCUCAGGGGGCGCAGCAUUACCCCCCUGGAACCUACCCCUGCCCCCCCUCGCCCCCUGCUGGAGCAUACCACCGGUGUCCCCCCUCACCCCCGUCACCCUCCCCACUAACCCUGCCCACCGUCAGCCAAAGGGUGGGGGGCUACCACGCCUGCCCCCCACCGGGGCCUCAGGGGUCCCAGGACGGAGAGGAGGUCAGGGCUCUGCCAUCCUACAUGACAGAGAGGCCUCAGACAAGGGCGUGUGGCGGAGCGGGCAGGAUGGGGGGUGGGGGUGGUAGUAUUGGUAAUAAUGGCGUGGGUGAUUUAGACAUGGGUAUAGGUGACCGGGGUAUUGGUGUCGGCAUGGUGGGCGGCCAGCCCCAGAGCUCCACCAUCAUGGAUCAGAUCAGCUGUGUGGUGAACCGUUUCACCGCCAACAUCAGCCAGCUCAACAACAUGAUGCUCCCUGGGUCGCCACCGGAGGGCCCUGAUCCCCCUGCCCCGGGACCAGCCCUCACCCCCGCCCCAUGCCCCCCUCCCUACGUACUGCCCCGCACCAGACAGCCGAACACCACAGUCACCACCUACGCUGAAGUGGCAGCCAUCGCCUCCUCUAACCAUGGCAAACCCCGGGUGGGCGGGGCGGUCGGUGUGGUCUAUGGUCCUGGGGGCGGGGUGUGUGGUACGGCGGCGGUGAGAACCACAGAGCUGCUGGAGGAGCUGGCUGCUCUGGCCCCUCCGUACCCAUUUAGAGACUCCUCCCUGGGGUCGCCUGGCGCCUCGCCACCCUCCCUGUCCCCGGCCCUUUUCCCGGCCUCAGAGUCUGCCCUGGGUGAGCCCUGCCCCCCGGGGAAAUAUGACAGACUGAUGCUACGGCACUACAGCCAGAGCUCCUCUUCCCUGUAAACUACUCCUCAUCUUCCCUGUAAACUACUCCUCUUCUUCCCUGUAAACUACUCCUCCUCUUCCCUGUAAACUACUCUUCUUCCCUGUAAACUACUACUCAUCUUCCCUGUAAACUACUCUUCUUCCCUGUAAACUACUCCACUUCUUCCCUGUAAACUACUCCUCUUCUUCCCUGUAAACUACUCCUCCUCUUCCCUGUAAACUACUCUUCUUCCCUGUAAACUACUCCUCAUCUUCCCUGUAAACUACUCCUCAUCUUCCCUGUAAACUACUCCUCAUCUUCCCUGUAAACUACUCCACUUCUUCCCUGUAAACUACUCCUCAUCUUCCCUGUAAACUACUCCUCAUCUUCCCUGUAAACUACUCCACUUCUUCCCUGUAAACUACUCCUCCUCUUCCCUGUAAACUACUCCUCAUCUUCCCUGUAAACUACUCCUCAUCUUCCCUGUAAACUACUCCUCAUCUUCCCUGUAAACUACUCCACUUCUUCCCUGUAAACUACU